AACAUUGAAGGCAAGUUGCCCUUGAGCAGCUCUCUGAAGAUCAACUGCCUCCACAUUGCAUUCUUUGCCCCAAAACUCUUCCCUUUGGUUGUGCUAAGAGGUGAUGCCCAAGGUGCAUCACCUUUCAAGAACUGGAUCAUGAACAACUUUAUCCUCCUGGAAGAACAGCUCAUCAAGAAAUCCCAACAAAAGAGAAGAACUUCUCCGUCGAACUUUAAAGUCCGCUUCUUUGUGUUAACCAAAGCCAGCCUGGCGUACUUUGAGGAUCGUCAUGGGAAGAAGCGCACGCUGAAGGGGUCCAUUGAGCUCUCCCGAAUCAAAUGUGUUGAGAUUGUGAAAAGUGACAUCAGCAUCCCAUGCCACUAUAAAUACCCAUUUCAGGUGGUGCAUGACAACUACCUCCUAUAUGUGUUUGCUCCAGAUCGUGAGAGCCGGCAGCGCUGGGUGCUGGCCCUUAAAGAAGAAACGAGGAAUAAUAACAGUUUGGUGCCUAAAUAUCAUCCUAAUUUCUGGAUGGAUGGGAAGUGGAGGUGCUGUUCUCAGCUGGAGAAGCUUGCAGCAGGCUGUGCCCAAUAUGAUCCAACCAAGAAUGCUUCAAAGAAGCCUCUUCCUCCUACUCCUGAAGACAACAGGCGACCACUUUGGGAACCUGAAGAAACUGUGGUCAUUGCCUUGUAUGACUACCAAACCAAUGAUCCUCAGGAACUCGCACUGCGGCGCAACGAAGAGUACUGCCUGCUGGACAGUUCUGAGAUUCACUGGUGGAGAGUCCAGGACAGGAAUGGGCAUGAAGGAUAUGUACCAAGCAGUUAUCUGGUGGAAAAAUCUCCAAAUAAUCUGGAAACCUAUGAGUGGUACAAUAAGAGUAUCAGCCGAGACAAAGCUGAAAAACUUCUUUUGGACACAGGCAAAGAAGGAGCCUUCAUGGUAAGAGAUUCCAGGACUCCCGGAACAUACACUGUGUCUGUUUUCACCAAGGCUGUUGUAAGUGAGAACAAUCCCUGUAUAAAGCAUUAUCACAUCAAGGAAACAAAUGACAAUCCUAAGCGAUACUAUGUGGCUGAAAAGUAUGUGUUCGAUUCCAUCCCUCUUCUCAUCAACUAUCACCAACAUAAUGGAGGAGGCCUGGUGACACGACUCCGGUAUCCAGUGUGUUUUGGGAGGCAGAAAGCCCCAGUUACAGCAGGGCUGAGAUACGGAAAAUGGGUGAUCGAUCCCUCGGAGCUCACUUUUGUGCAAGAGAUUGGCAGUGGGCAAUUUGGGUUGGUGCAUCUGGGCUACUGGCUCAACAAGGACAAGGUGGCUAUCAAAACCAUUCGGGAAGGGGCUAUGUCAGAAGAGGACUUCAUAGAGGAGGCUGAAGUCAUGAUGAAACUCUCUCAUCCCAAACUGGUGCAGCUGUAUGGGGUGUGCCUGGAGCAGGCCCCCAUCUGCCUGGUGUUUGAGUUCAUGGAGCACGGCUGCCUGUCAGAUUAUCUACGCACCCAGCGGGGACUUUUUGCUGCAGAGACCCUGCUGGGCAUGUGUCUGGAUGUGUGUGAGGGCAUGGCCUACCUGGAAGAGGCGUGUGUCAUCCACAGAGACUUGGCUGCCCGAAAUUGUUUGGUGGGAGAAAACCAAGUCAUCAAGGUGUCCGACUUUGGGAUGACAAGGUUCGUUCUGGAUGAUCAGUACACCAGUUCCACAGGCACCAAAUUCCCGGUGAAGUGGGCAUCCCCAGAGGUUUUCUCUUUCAGUCGCUAUAGCAGCAAGUCAGAUGUGUGGUCAUUUGGUGUGCUGAUGUGGGAAGUUUUCAGUGAAGGCAAAAUCCCGUAUGAAAACCGAAGCAACUCAGAGGUGGUGGAAGACAUCAGUACCGGAUUUCGGUUGUACAAGCCCCGGCUGGCCUCCACACAUGUCUACCAGAUUAUGAAUCACUGCUGGAAAGAGAGACCAGAAGAUCGGCCAGCCUUCUCCAGACUGCUGCGUCAACUGGCUGAAAUUGCAGAAUCAGGACUUUAGUAGAGACUGAGUACCAGGCCACGGGCUGCAGAUCCUGAAUGGAGGAAGGAUAUGUCCUCGUUCCAUAAAGCAUUAGAAGCUGCCACCAGCCCAGGACCCUCCAGAGGCAGCCUGGCCUGUGGCAUCAGUCCCUGAGUCACCAUGGAAGCAGCAUCCUGACCACAGCUGGCAGUCAAGCCACAGCUGGAGGGUCAGCCACCAAGCUGGGAGCCGGGCCAGAACAGGAGUGAUGUCUCUGCCCUUCCUCUAGCCUCUUGUCACAUGUGGUGCACAAACCUCAACCUGACAGCUUUCAGACAGCGUUCUUGCACUUCUUAGUAAUAGAGAGAGACGUGAGUAAGACCCAGAUUGCUAUUUUUAUUGUUAUUUUUAACAUGAAUCUAAAGUUUAUGGUU